GUCCCAAGACUCUUAGAAAGAAAAAGAGGCAAAUACAGAGAGAGGACCUUGUACGACGUAACAAAAUAACACUGGGUCGCAUCGCACCUGGUAACGGAUCCUAUGUGAAUAUGCAUGCACUCAAGCAGAAGAGGCCUCACGCUGUGAAAGAGACUGCUGAGGAGGGACACACUGCUGACUGUCCAAAAGACAGUUUAGACCUAGAACUGGGACUGAUCCAGAAAACACAUCAAUUGAAGGUCACCAAUUUCACAGAAGAAAGUGAGGCACAGGGGAAUAUGGAACCUUACUACAGAAGCAUGGAGAAAAGUCCAGAAUGUGCAACUGCAUCAAAAUGCCAAUUCUCUGGUAUGGACAGCGAACAGAAGUGUUGUCUGGAGGAGAGUGCAAAGACAAGUGACAGCCUCCAUGGUCACCGCUUUGAUGGUUGCCUGGCGCCGAUGGAUCAUCAGACAAGGGCAAAGCCUAAUUACAAGGCAUACAGCUUGAACGAAUACAAGGAGUUGAAGCUAGAUGUGAAUCUGCGAGGCCUGGGACCUGACUACAUGGCAGUUAAAAAGAGUGCUGAGAAGAUGAAACAACAAAAGCAGUAUUCAAAUGCGGUCCGUGAGAGGAACAAAAACCUUAGUAAAAUACCUUUCAUAAUGGCCAAGGAUUCAGUGGUCAAAGACAAGAGAAUUGCCAGGAUUAAGGCUUUGGAGUAUGCUAAGACCAUAGCUAAGCCACUCGUUCAGCCACAGUCAAAAUCAAGUCCCAAUCAACAGUCAGGAGGGUCCACCGGACACACUACUUCCUUCAAAGACUGGGACACUGCACAUCUGGCCACAGUGGAUCUUCUGAUGAAACGCCACCAAGAAGAAAAGGAUGCAGUCUUCAGAAAAGUGCAAGUUACUUGAGGGCAUCUGCAAAUCAUCUUGUCGAAGACAAGCUGUAGUUAGUUAUGGCUGCAAUUAACACAUAAUGAAUGUAAAGGGAUUUUUGAUCCCUUGUUCCCCACACAAAGACAUGACAAGUUCAUAACUUUAUGGUAGGUGUAUUUUACAGACACAAUAUUAACAGAAUCUUAUGAUUAAAAUUGUAUUGGGUUGGGUUAUAUAUGUAUUUGAUCCCCCUGCAACCACAAUAAUUCUGAACACUACAGACUGGCUAUGUGCAUGAAGCACUAAAAUUAGUCCUGUCCCUUCAGCUACGAACUCCGGAAGAAGAGCAUUUAAGACGAUAGUAUGUUGCCCUCUCUUGGGAGCUUCUUGCAAUAUCUCACUUUGGAAUGAGGAUAAUUCUAAGAAAAUUGUUUGAGCUGCCCAGAAUUACCAUCAUUUCCACACUAUAAAGCGCUACAUUUUCCCCCAGGCUUUGAACCUUGCGCUUUAUACAAUGCUGCGGCUAAUUUAUGGAUUUUUACCGGUUCACGAGCUUCACAUGCCACCAAUUAAUUUAGCCUCGUCACAUCAGACAAAUAAAAUUGCUUACAUUAUAUCAAACUGACUGACACAAUCAUUCAGUCAGCCAUUUAGCGUUAUGGACUCACCAUCGUUAUAGAGACACGUUUGAAAUGCCUGAAGCUGAAGACGAUUGACACGGCCGUCAAAAAAGGAAACAGCCGCUGCAUGGAACGGAAAACCCCCACCACUAAAUGACUGCCACGCACCAAAGAAGAUGACUUCAGGCUACUCUAAGCCGUGUCAUAGGCACUGUAUUGUGUAAAAUUUGUGAAUGAACACAAACGUUUGUGUGGAUUGUUUCAAUGUGUACACCUACAGCUAUAUAAAUCUAAUCCAUUAUUAUUAUUAUUAUAGACUUUGGCCAAUAUAUGUACAGUCCAAAAAUGAGGUGGCUGCGGAUCAUAUUUAGGUGCGCCCUGAAGCUCGUAAAUUUGAUGAGUGUAUUAGUGAGAGCUGAGACAACAGUCACCAUAAACAUUUUGUGUAACUCAACUUGACCACAAGGUACCCCUGCUCAAAAGGCAUGCACAUGUAAAGGCACCGAAAUUUAAAAACCUGCAUGAUCCAGAGAAGAGCUUGGAAAACAUGGUCAGAUGAAACCAAAGUUUUGCUCUGUCACAUGACCUUGACUUAUCAUGUUUGGAAAUGCUGCAUAUGACCCCAAGAAGACCACUGUUCAACAUGGAGGUGGGACUAUAAUGAUCUGAAUCUGGUUCUCUACUAAGGGUAGAACAUCUUAGACUUCACUGGAUUGAGGGUCUGAUAAACGGGGCCAUGUAUGAGCUGAAAAUCUUUUGGUGUCUGCCAGAACACUGAAGAUAAGUUGUGAAUGGACCACGACAACAAAGGAGUGGUUAUAGAAGAUGCACACCAGUCUCAAGACCUUAAUCCCAUAAAAAAUCUAUGGUGGGAGCUAAAACUUUAAGUUGCCAAGUGACAGCCUUAAAACCGGAAUGAUUUGGAAAUUAUCUGUAAAGGAUAUCCUGAGACCCUGCUGACAAAUGACAAAAAAGUUUGCUACAUUUUGGUUGGUGAACAAAAAUUACUUAUUUCACGCAAUCAAAUACGUUAAUUAAGAUGCUUUAAUGUUUUUGUUUUUACAAUAUUCUUUCACCUAUUUCAAAAAUAAAACUCCCAAAAAUUGGCUGUUCAUAGCUUUGUUAUGAUGUAAACUUACACAAUCUGCUAGGGUGAAAUCAUUAUUUCCCCAUCUUGGUUAUUGUCUUGUCAAACAGAGAGGAAAGCAAUAUAUGGUGUGUAGCUUUUUGUUGUUUGUGGAUUUGUUUGUCUGAAACACUUGAUUUUCAGUUUGUCACACUAAAAACAGUCAGCCAUGAAACCACCACAAAAUUAUUUUACUACACCCGAUUUUUAUCUGGUCAUUUCCAAACUUUUUAGACAUUUUGUAAGUAGGAUAGCUUGGUGGUAUGCUUGUCUUUGAACUUAAAGGGGUCAUAUUUUGAUGUUCUUUUACAUUUAAAACACUUCCUUGUGGUCUACAUAACAUUUAAUGGUGGUUAUUUGGUCAACAUUUUACAGUAAUUAUGUUUUACAGACCAUCUUCAAGCCGCUUUCGGACCGUUGAUAGUUGUUUUUUUUUAAUCCAGAGAGGUUCAUUAGGUCUUCAAAAAUUAUGCAAUUUU